AUGCCAAAAUUAAUUCUUUUACGUCACGGUCAAUCCGAAUGGAAUGAAAAAAACUUAUUCACUGGUUGGGUUGAUGUUUCAUUAUCUGAUGUUGGUAGAAAAGAAGCUAAAAGAGCUGGUGAAUUAUUAAAAGAAUCUGGUAUUAAACCAGACAUCUUAUUCACUUCAAGAUUAACCAGAGCUAUUCAAACCGCUAACAUUGCCUUAGAACAUGCUGGUUACUCAUACAUUGAUGUUGAAAGAUCAUGGAGAUUAAAUGAACGUCAUUAUGGUGCUUUACAAGGUAAAGAUAAAGCUCAAACUUUAGAACAAUACGGUCCAGAACAAUUCCAAACUUGGAGAAGAUCUUUUGAUGUUCCUCCACCAGUUAUUGAAGAUGAUUCUGAAUUUUCUCAAGCUAAUGAUGAACGUUAUGCUUUAAUUGAUCCAGCUGUUUUACCAAAAACUGAAUCAUUAGCUUUAGUUAUUGAUAGAUUUUUACCAUUCUGGCAAGAUGUUAUUGCUAAGCAAUUAUUAGAAGGUAAAACUGUUAUCAUUGCUGCUCAUGGUAACUCUUUAAGAGGUUUAGUUAAACAUUUAGAUAACAUUUCUGAUUCUGAAAUUGCUGGUUUAAACAUCCCAACUGGUAUUCCAUUAGUUUAUGAAUUAGAUGCUCAAUUAAAACCAACUAAACCAUCUUACUACUUGGAUCCAGAAGCUGCUGCUGCCGGUGCCGCUGCUGUUGCUAACCAAGGUAAAAAAUAA